UAUUGGCCGGGUCAGGUGACAGGCUUUGGGGCAGCUGGCCAGCCUCGUUCUCGCUUUCCAUCAUCCGAACACACGCCAUCAGCAACCGGGAGUGCACGGGAACGGGACAGAGCAUCGGAUUUAUCGGACUAUUUUCUAGAUAUUGGACGGAACUGAUUUAGGGUCAACGGCAUGGGCGAGCGAACGACAUUUCUGCUGUUAUGGGUAGCGACCUUGACGCUGGCAUCUGAGGUGCCUUCUGAUGACUCGGUGGGUCUGCUGGCAGAGCCCCAGGUAGCCAUGUUCUGUGGGAAAUUCAACAUGCAUGUCAACGUCCAGAGUGGCAAGUGGGAGUCGGAUCCCUUCGGCACCAAGAGCUGCAUCGGAACCAAGGAGGGCAUCCUGCAGUACUGCCAGGAGGUGUACCCUGAGCUCCAGAUCACUAACGUGGUGGAGGCCAACCAGCCAGUCAGCAUUCAGAACUGGUGCAAGAAGGGACGCAAGGAGUGUAGUAGUCACACACACAUCGUGGUGCCCUACCGCUGCCUGGUUGGGGAGUUUGUGAGUGAUGCCCUGCUGGUUCCUGAUAAGUGCAAGUUCCUGCACCAGGAGAGAAUGGACAUGUGUGAGAGCCACCUGCACUGGCACACCGUGGCUAAAGAGUCCUGCGGAGACCGCACCAUGAAUCUCCAUGACUACGGGAUGCUGUUGCCAUGCGGCAUCGACCGUUUCCGAGGGGUGGAAUUUGUGUGUUGCCCAGCGGAGACACAGCGCGAGUCAGACAGCGUGGAGAUGACUGAGUCUGACGUGUGGUGGGGCGGAGCCGAGACUGAAUACACCGAUAACGGCAUGCCUCGCCAGGCGGAUCAGGGGGCUGUCACCACUGAGUAUGAUGAGGAUGAGGAAGAGGAUACCUUUGACAGAGACGAGGACGGAGACGGUCUUGAGGAUGAAGAUGAUGAUGAUGAUGAGGAUGAUGUGACCGACGAACGGGACAGUGGUGAAGGCGCCUCCAACAUCGCCAUGACAACCACCACCACGACCACUACUGAAUCGGUUGAGGAAGUUGUCAGAGAGGUGUGUUGGGCGCGUGCUGAGUCGGGCCCGUGCCAUGCCAUUCUGGAGCGGUGGUACUUCAUGCCAGAGAAGGGCACCUGUGCCCCCUUCCUCUUUGGAGGGUGCGGGGGCAACCGGAAUAACUUUGACUCAGAAGAGUACUGCCUGUCUGUCUGCAGCACCAGUGUGUUGCCCACCACGGCCCCCUCCCCCCCUGACGCGGUGGACCGUUACCUGGAGUCUCCCGGAGACGACAGCGAACACUCCAACUUCCAGAAGGCCAAGGAGAGUCUGGAGGCCAAGCACCGCGAGAGGAUGUCCCAGGUGAUGAGAGAGUGGGAGGAAGCAGAGAGACAGGCCAAGAGUCUCCCUCGCGCUGACAAGAAGGCAGUCAUCCAGCACUUCCAGGAGAAGGUGGAGGCCCUGGAGCAGGAGGCAGCAGGAGAGAGGCAGCAGCUGGUGGAGACCCACAUGGCCCGAGUGGAGGCCCUGCUCAACAGCCGCCGUCACAUGGCCCUGGAGAACUACCUCAGCUCCCUGCAGGCCAACCCACCCAGGCCUCGUCAGGUGCUUGGCCUGUUGAAGAAGUAUGUCCGUGCAGAACAGAAGGACAGACAACACACCCUGAAACACUACGAACACGUCCGCAUGGUGGACCCCAAAAAGGCUGCUCAGAUCCGACCCCAGGUGAUGACCCACCUGCGUGUGAUUGACGAGAGGAUGAACCAAUCCCUGGGGCUGCUCUACAAUGUGCCCAGCGUGGCCAAUGAAAUCCAAGACCAAGUUUCUGUCCUGAUGCAGAGGGUUCAGUCAGAGCUGUCUCAGCAAGUCUCAUCUCUGCAGAGCGAUGGGAGGACUGAUGGCAGGGUGAGCUAUGGAAACGAUGCCCUGAUGCCCGACCAGGCUUACAGCUCUGCCCCUCUGGACCCUGGCAUGGGCCUGGAUCGACUGGGCUUUAUCCACCCAGAGAGCUUCAACCAGCCUAACACCGACAACCACGUUGAGCCUGUUGAUGCUCGUCCAGUUCCAGAUAGAGGUCUGCCCACUCGACCUGUCUCUGCUCUGAAGCCUGAGGAGUUCCCUGAGGUGCGGCUGGAGAAGGAGGAGCGGCAAAGCGCCAGCUAUGAAGUGCAUCAAAAACUGGUGUUCUUCGCUGAGGAUGUGGGCUCCAACAAGGGCGCCAUAAUCGGCCUGAUGGUGGGCGGGGUUGUCAUAGCGACGGUCAUUGUCAUCUCUCUGAUCAUGCUGAGGAAGAAGCAGUAUACUUCUAUCCACCACGGAAUCAUCGAGGUGGAUGCUGCAGUGACCCCAGAGGAGCGUCACCUGUCCAAGAUGCAGCAGAAUGGCUAUGAGAACCCCACCUAUAAGUUCUUCGAACAGAUGCAGAACUAAGGAGCUACCCUUUGACCCCUCCCUGACCCUGAACUUCCUUUAACCCCUCACACCUAGGGCCCGUUCCAUUUUGGUCCUCUUAACCCCCCUCACACCUAGGGCCCAUUCCAUUUUGGUCCUCUUAACCCCCUCCCACCUAGGGCCUGUUCCAUUUUGGCCCAUAAACCCUUCUAGCUCCUACUCUAUUCCUGUCAAUGGAUCUGAAAGGACGGAGUAGGUGAAACCAGUAUGACUGAAGCGGCAUAAAAAUAUGUAAUUAAUUGGGUUAGAAAGAGUUGUAGUCAUGUUACUUACAGCUACCCAGGGUGCCAAGGGGCAGAAAUGCAACCAAGCCACACUCACCCUUCAUCCUUUCCUCGUAAAGUACAGCACAUCAACAUUCAUAGCUGCUAUUGGUCAGACAAGGAUAUCCUUCUUCACCUGCAUAUAUUUUUUAAAUAUCCUGUAGUGUGUGUACAGAACAGAGAAGCUCAUUGAUUGAUUCAUCUGUCCAUCUAUCUGUGGGUGAGCCCUCCCCCUCAGGAUAGCGAUCACAGGUCUAAGAGGGUGAAACAGAGGCCCCAAAUAUCCCUGCAAUCUUCCUCCCUCACUCUGAUGCACUCUCCCCUCCCCCUACUCCCUCCAUCUCUCCCACGCACUCCUCUCCCGCUCCCCCUCUCUCAGAUGACAGCUGUGCUGUGUUUGGUGAUGACAUAACAGCUCUUAGCGCUAGCGAAGGGAGGAGGGGCUCAGUCUGCCCUGAGCUCUUCUCUGCAGGAUUAUACCACAAGCUUUCAGGUUCGUUUUUCAGAUAAAUAUAUAAACAAAGAAAAAAUAUAUAAAUAAUACAUCAGAAAUAUGUAAAAGGCAAAGAAAUAUUGAAUGUUUUUAUUUGGUGCGUAAUGUAUUGAAAUAAGGCAGAAAAAAACUAGCUGUAACUAUAUGUAGUGCAUGGUGAUCUUGAUGCCAGAUAUACGUAGAGAGAACCUGGCUCCUGUUGUGGGACUGGGCCUCUCAUAUAGACUUUUAGCAGGAUUGUAAAUUUUCUGUGUCUUCUUUGUGAUCUUGUGAUAUGAAGAAGAGAAAAAAAAAGUAUUUAGAAUCUGGUCCGCUUUGUUGUCACUGUCACUGCGACAUGCUUUAAACAGAACCUGUGCUGUCCUUUGUUUCCAUUCCUCGCCCUGUGUUACCGACAUGGGCCGAAUUCUCUCUAUCUACAUGGAGCUAAUAUAAUGAUGUGUAAUAGUAUCUGAAAGGAAGUCUAUUUGUGUUACUGUUUGCGUUCUAUGCACUCUGAGUUUCAUUUAGUCUGAUUAUUACUGGUAUUACUGCUCCGUUUAUUGGUAUUAUGUCCCUUAACUGAUAUUCCACAACUAGAAAUUGUGUUUCAGCUCCAUUCCUCAUUUUAUCAUUCCAGAAAUCUCAGCAUUCCACCAUAUCUUUCCUCAUUCCUAUAUAGUCUGUGAACAUCUAUGAAUAUCAUUAAUGGAAACAGAAAUCAUUACUUUUUUUGUUUCUCAGGCUUUAAGGCUCUCUAUCUUUCCUUCCCUCUGUCUAUCCCAUAGACCUCAACUCCCCAAACAGCCCUGCUCCUCCCCUCUAUCACUCGCUCUCGCUGGCCAUGCUGUGUCGGCUUGGUGUGUGUGGCGCUUUGGAGUUGAUGUGUAAGAUAAUUAGAUUGAGUUGAGAGAGAGUGGGGAUUGGGAGUGUGAUAGAUUCCCUAUCGCCUUUCUGAUCAUCAAUCGCACACACACAAUCUUUCCUUGGUUGUUUGAUACAUGUUCAGUGUAUCUGUGUGUUCUGUGGUGGAUAUCCCCCUCUUGCUUGUCUCGUCAAAUCUCUCGUCUCAGACCUCCUGGCUUUAAAAGCAGAGGCUAAAGAAAUACUGAUCUCAGACCAGUUUAUUGAUAGUUAGAUUGAUCUUGGGCGAAUGUGUGUGAGGCCAAAUACAGGGACCCUGUUCAGGAAGGCGCAACUUCACAGAAUUUUCAGAUAUGUGUUAUGUGGAACAGAUGUCAUUGUCUGUCAGGUAGUUUUUUGUUACAUUUCCAUCUGCAACAUUCAGAAUGUUUCACCUAACUGAACACACCCAGAUCUGGGAUCAGUAUAGAGACAGUAGUAGACGAGACAUUCCCCAUACCCAAAAUGGAGCCUCCAAUAGACAUGAAUGUGACAUUCAUAUUGUGCAAUUAUUCCACAGAUCUACUACACACUACUACACUUCCUCCCUACACACAAACUGAAGCUCUUAAAUCAGGUAAAUGUUUUGAUGUUGUCAAGGAUACUUGUACAGGGGUUAGUGGUUUAAUUCGUUAAUUCUGUUACUUUUUCCUGUGUACCUAUACAAACCAUUUGCUUGGACUGAGAAAAAGCUUUCUACACUAUCCCAUCAAUAAAAUGUUGAAUGUACAUAA